ACGAUGUACCACUUACUAAGUUGUACGGCGUUAUAACUCUGGAACGAAAAGAAAAGACUGCAUAUAGUGGAGAACGCUUACAGCUAUGGCAGACGCCAAUAUGACCGAGCGUGAUGUCGAUCAGGUGAAUGGAGAAAGUCCGGAAAAGACAAAUACAAAUAGAACAAGCUCAUUCUUGGGUCCACUCCCUCCGGACGUUCGUGAGAGUCGACAAGUCCGUAUCGAUAAGGACAUAGCAUAUUUUUUCAACACUCGUCAACCAGAGGGCAGCAAGAGUGCACCCUCGUUCAAGGGCAUUGACUCCUUCACUCAUGCUGAAGUACUACCUUUGGAACCGCAAGAACCUCGUGGACAUAAUCACCAAAGACGUGUCACAUUCUUGCCUCUUGGGGGCCCAGACCAUAUGAAGAGAGUAGCCGCAGGUCCUGAUCUCCCAGAGAGCGUGAAAGUCACAUACGGGAAGAUCAAGAAGGCGUUGGAAGAAGAACCCAACAAGAACGAUGGCAUUCUCCCCAUUACGAACCAAGCGCAUGGAGUCUCGGAACCACUGACGCGAGGACUGGCGUUGGCGUCGGACGAACGUGAUGCUGAUGGCGAUAUCCAGAUGGGUGGUGCACAAGCGAGCGACCCCCGGACUGUCACGGAUCAGCAGCGAAGGAGCAGCAUCUCUGGCCCUGCCGGCCGUACAAUAUCGCCGCCGACCGCAGGUAACACAUACGAUGCGAGUAGGGAUCCAAGGAGGCGAGAUAGAUGAUGGGAAGCCUGAGAUUCAUCUACAUGUGGCAUUUCUUUUGCUCACAGCAAGCUCGAGGUGCAGCCAGACUCAUUCGGCUAUGUGGAUCGAGCAUCCCGAAUUUUGAUACCCAAGAAGAGUAUAUGAGUAAUUCCACGUUCAAUAACAGCAAGAUCAUCGAUGAAUUUGGAUCUACU